AUGAACCCAGAGACCAUAUCAAAUCUCAAUUUGGUGACGUUUGGGAAAUCCCGACAAAGAACAACAGGCCCGAAGAAACGGAAAACGGACAACUUGGCUCUAGGACCCAACUGGAGAGGUCGUCCCGAAGAUCAAGGAAGGACCGAUCUGAAAGAUCGAACAGGGAGGAUAAAACAAGGACCAGGCGUCAGAACAACAGGAGAACUCGUGGACGGAAUCAGCAGCGUGGCAACGGAAAUGGUGCCACUUCAGACGGUAGGAGCCAGUCGCAGAACCGAGGCACAGAGACAGGAACCAGAGAGGAAGCUGUAGAAUGGGAUGAAAUUAGAGGUACGUCUGGAACUCGGCUGAAGCAGCGGACAUCUUCGACCGGAAGCAGGGGGCAACAGAUAGAGGGAACAGUAGAAGGAGACGUGAACGCUUCUGGAACUCGCGAGCAGCGAGCGUCGUUUACUUCAAGCACAGGACGAAGGUCUGGCAGAAACGUGUCAGUUGACAGUUCUGGAAUCCAGCCUAAACAGCGAGCAUCGUCGGCCUCAAGCACGGGACGAAAGUUAGACAGAAACGUGUCAGUAGAUAGUUCUGGAAGUCAUCGAAAUAAACAAGCGUCAGUGACAACAAACAAAGGGCAAAGGUUAGAGGAAGAAGUGUUCAAAGACAACCCUAAAACUACUGGGAUCCCUGCGACU